AUGCAGAAUAUUGCAAAUGAAAGGGCGAAGAUGGUACUGAGCAAAGGUGACGAACAUGCAGAAGAGAAAGUAGAUGAGGUAGUAAAUCGGUUUUUAAAGGAUGUUAAAGUGGACAUGUUGGAGACCAAAGGAUGGCCUAUCAAUCUCUCUGCUUAUGUUGUCUCUAAAGCAGCUCUUAAUGCCUACUCAAGGAUUUUGGCAACAAAAUUCCCCAAUUUCCAAGUAAAUUGUGUUAGCCCUGGUUUUGUUAAAACCAACAUGAACUGCAAUAAUGGAGAGUUUGAUGUUGAAGAAGGCGCGAAAGGCCCUAUAGCGCUAGCUUUGACACCUGCCGAUGGCCCUUCUGGAUUGGUCUUUGAUCGGAUGGAAAUAUCAAGCUUUUGA